AUGGUGAACUGCCAUAUCCUUCUUGUGAGCUUUCCAGGACAGGGCCACAUAAACCCAUCUCUCCAAUUUGCAAAGCGCCUUCUGCAAAUGGGAGCCAAGGUCACCUUCUCCACUACUCUCUCUGCAAUCGGUCGCACGUCCGAAACUGCAUCUACUAGACCAGGCGUGACUUUGGCUCCCUUUUCUGAUGGUCACGAUGAUGGCUGGACAGGCGCCAAAGAUUACCAAGAUUUCAUGUUCUCUCUUAGAACUUGCGGUUCUGAAGCUGUGAAAAACCUUAUCAUAGCUAAAGAAAAUGAAGGCCACCCGAUUACACAUAUAGUAUAUUCUAUUCUCAUUACAUGGGCAGAGGUUAUUGAACAUCCGGGACUGCCAUUAUUACUCAGUUCUGGUGAUUUGCCAUCCUUUAUGCUCUCUUCAAGCCCAGUAAUCUACAAUUUUGCUCUUCCUACUUUCAAAGAGCAUUUUGAGAUUCUUGAUAGAGCUGGGACCAAGCAGAAAGUACUUGUGAACACAUUUGAUGCAUUGAAAUUCCAAGCUUUAAGGGGCAUAAAUAAGUAUGAUGUGAUGGGCAUUGGACCUUUGAUUCCAUCUGCAUUUUUAGAUGGGAAGGAUCCUUCGGACACCUCAUUUGGAGGUGAUCUCAUACAAAAGACAGUAGAUUACAUGGAUUGGUUGAACUCAAAAGACAAAUUAUCAGUUGUUUAUGUAGCGUUCGGAAGCUUUUCCGGUUUACCUAAACAACAGACCGAAGAGAUUGCUAAAGGAUUGAUCAAAAGCCAGAAACCAUUCCUGCGGAUUACUAGAGAAGAGAACACGCUAAGUUUCAUGAAAGAACUUGAAAAACAAGGUAAGAUUGUACCAUGCUGUUCCCAAUUGGAGGUUUUAUCACACCCUUCUGUGGGCUGUUUUAUGACUCAUUGUGGGUGGAAUUCUUGUAUUGAAAGUUUGGCUUCUGGGGUGCCAGUGGUGGCAUUUCCACAGUGGAUUGAUCAGCUUACAAAUGCAAAACUUAUACAAGAUUUUUGGAAGAUGGGCCUUAAAUUGGCUGCUCAUGUAGAUGGAGGAAUAGUAACUGCGGAUGAGAUUGCGAGGUGUUUAGAAAUUGUUAUGGGAGGUGGAGAGAGAGGAGGAGAUAUGAGAAACCAAGCUCAACAGUGGAAAAUUCUGGCUAAGGAAGCAAUUAAAGAAGGUGGUUCUUCCAAUGUGAAUCUUAAGAUUUUCAUGGAUCAGAUUGUUCGUGGCAAGAAAUAA